AGAAGAAGAGAAGCGGAAGAGGCUUUGACAAAACGCGGGCAAAUGGUGAAGAGGAAACUUCCGUCCCGUGCGUAGAUUUUGCCACGAAGCUCGCUCGCUCAGCCCGCAGCCCCGUGCCGAGGAAGCGGGUCCGGCGAUGGCGCGCGCGAGGGGCGCGCUCAUCGUGCUGGAAGGCGUUGACAAGGCCGGAAAAACCACGCAGUGCGCGAGGCUGGUCCACGCGCUGCAGCAGAGCGGCCGGCCGGCGGAGAUGAUGCGGUUCCCCGACCGGAGCACCACCAUCGGACAGCUGAUCAGCGCCUACCUGGAGAAGAAGAGCGACUUGGAGGACCACACGGUGCAUCUGCUGUUCUCCGCCAACCGCUGGGAACGAGUGCCUCUGAUGAAGAAGAAGCUGGAGGAGGGAAUCACUCUCGUGGUGGAUCGCUACGCCUUCUCCGGAGCCGCGUUCACAAGUGCAAAGCCGGGCUUCAGUCUGGACUGGUGCAUGAAACCCGACGUGGGGCUGCCAAAGCCGGACCUGGUGAUGUUCCUGCAGCUCAGUCCGGCCGAGGCGGCUCUCAGGGGUCAGUUCGGAGAGGAGCGGUACGAGACCAGUGCUUUCCAAAGAGCGGUUCAACAGCAGUUCGAAGAGCUGAGGAAGGAUUCCACCGUCAACUGGCAGGUGAUCGACGCUUCUCAGAGUGUCGACGACGUGCACAAGAGCAUCAGCAGCCACAGCCUCCACACCGUCAGCGCGGCGCAGAGCCUGCCGCUCGGAGAGCUGUGGAAGUGAACUCGAGGGGGCUGCCGUUUUUUUUUAAAAUCCACAAUCAAAUGUUACACACCGUAUGUCUUUUUAGGGCAAAUGAGAACUGCAAAUAUGAUUUUGAUUCAGUCUUGAAAUGGAAGAGUCGAACCAAUGUCAAAUACCAGAUGCUGACUUUAUUCGUUUCUAACCUUUUUACAUGUGUAUUUUCACCUGUUUACGCAGUGUUGAUUAAAUAAAUAAUCUUCAAAUGAA